AUGUCAGAAUCUCAGAUGACAAUGUCAGGUGCUCCUGAGCACCUGAAUGAGUAUCAACCUUUGUUGCUGGCUGUGACUCAAAGAAAACGGAAAAUGGUAGAAGUUUUAUUAAAUAAAAAUGCAAAUAUAAAUGCAAUUGAUUAUCUUAGCAGCAUUUUUGAACUAAUUUCUGAAUACAAAAGAAAGAAAUAUGAAGAGUUUUCUAUAAAUAGCAAUCCAGGGCUUCCUCCUGUUGAAGAGUGUUUUGACAGGAGUCUCUACAGACCGGAUAGUGUUGCACAGCCUGUGACAAAGGAUAAGUUUACUUCGGAAUCUGAGGAAGGAAAAGCACUACCAGCAACUGGACAAAAAGCAAAUGUGUCUCCUGAGCAACCGCCUUUAUUCACGCAUACGGUGAAAGACAGAGAUCACAUUUCAACUAGAUUCUUAGGAAGUAUGGAUUCACUAACUUCCAGCGAAGAAUCUUCUGAGCGACCUCCUUUAUGCACGCUUACCCUGAAAGAAGCAGAUCCCAGUUCAAAAAUAGCCAUGAGAAGGAAGGAUUCACCACCUCCAGGAAAAGUGUCUUCUCAGAAACAACCAGCUGAGGAGACUACAAGUGACGAGAAAGAUUCUGUGAGGAAUAUAGUCACAGAAAUAAAGGAUGGACAACAAUCUGGGACAGUGUCUCCUCAGAAACAAUCGGCCUGGAAGGUUACAUUUAAAAAGAAAGUUUCUUUUUUGAAUAUUGCCACAAGAAUAAUGGGUGGUAGGAAAUCUAGAACAGUGUCUCCUCAGAAACAACCAGCUGAGAAGACUACGAGUGAUGAGAAAGAUUCUGUGAGGAAUAUAGUCACAGAAAUAAAGGAUGGACAACAAUCUGGGACAGGUAUUUUGCAAAACACAUUUAAUGUCAUGUUCAGUCAGAUAGAAAAGAACUUCUCUUCCCCGAAUAAAUCAGCGGGGGUGUCUCCUCAGAAACAAUCGGCCUGGAAGGUUACAUUUAAAAAGAAAGUUUCUUUUUUGAAUAUUGCCACAGGAAUAAUGGGUGGUAGGAAAUCUAGAACAGAGUAUCCUGAGAAUCUGCCCACCUUGAAGGCCACAAUUGAAAAUAAAGAUUCUGUUCUGAAUACAGCCACCAAAAUGAAGGAUGUACAAACAUCCACACCAGCAGAACAAGACUUAGAAAUGGCAUCAGAGGGAGAGCAAAAGAGGCUUGAAGAAUAUGAAAAUAACCAGCCACAGGUGAAAAACCAAAUACAUUCUAGGGAUGACCUUGAUGACAUAAUUCAGUCAUGUCAAAUAGCCUCAGAGGAUGAUGAUUUGCUUUGCUCUAAUUGUAAGAAAGUCAUAUUACUCAUUGAUCAACAUGAAAUGAAGUGUAAAGAUUGUGUUCACCUAUUGAAAAUUAAAAAUACAUUUUGUUAAUGUAAAAGAUCAAUAGAACUUAAAGAUAACCACUGUGAGCAACUUAGAGUAAAAAUUCAAAAAAUGAAAAAUAAGGCUCGUGUACUACAAAAGCGACUAUCUGAAAAAGAAGAAAUAAAAUCGCAGUUAGAGGAUGAAGGAAUUGAAUUGGAAAAAGAACUCUGUAGUUUGAGAUUUGCCAUACAGCAAGAAAAAAAGAAAAGAAGAAAUGUUGAAGAGUUGCACCAAAAAGUUAGGGAAAAGUUAAGAAUAACAGAAGAGCAAUAUAGGAUAGAAGCUGAUGUGACAAAACAAAUGAAACUGGCUAUCAAAUCAGCGGAGGUGGAAUUGAAGACAGGAGGAAAUAAUUCAAAUCAGAUUUCUGAAACUGAUGAAAAAGAAGAAGACCUGCUGCAUGAAAACCGCUUGAUGCAAGACGAAAUUGCCAGGCUCAGGCUGGAUAUAGACACAAUAAAAAACCAAAACCUGGAAAAGAAAUACUUAAAAGACUUUGAAAUUGUGAAAAGAAAGCAUGAAGACCUUCAAAAGGCUGUAAAACGGAGUGAGGAAACAUUAGCAAAAACGAUUGCCUGUUAUAGUGGACAGGUUGCUGCUCUGACAGAUGAAAACACAACACUCCUUUCCAAUCUGGAGAAGCAAAGAGAGAGGCAAAGACUGGAAACAGAAAUGCAAUCAUACCGUUGUAGACCGAAUGCUGCCCUAUGUGAUCGUGAUCAAAGUCACUCAUCAAAAAGAGACCAAGAGCUUGCUUUCCAGGGCACAGUAGAUAAAUGGUGUCAUUCACUGGACAAUUUUAAUUCUUGCGUUCUGAUUCUUUCUCAGCAAAUUUCUAAAGCUGAGAGUAAGUCCAGAGUCCUCAAAACUGAGCUCCAUUACACAAGAGAGGCUCUGAAAGAAAAGGCUUUGGUUUUUGAACACGUGCAAAGUGAGCUAAGGCAAAAACAGAGUCUAAUGAAGGACAUUGAAAAAAUGUACAAAAGUGGAUAUGAUACAAUGGAAAAAUGCAUAGAAAAGCAGGAAAGAUUUUGUCAACUAAAAAAACAAAAUAUGUUGCUUCAACAGCAACUGGAUGAUGCUUGCAACAAAGCUGACAAUCAAGAAAAAGCAAUACUUAAUAUUCAAGCCAGAGGUGAUGCUAGAGUACAAAACCUUCAAGCUGAGUGCAGAAAGCGCCGUCUUUUACUAGAAGAAGACAAUAAAAUGUUGGUCAAUGAAUUGGAUCAUUUGAAAGAACAAGAAUGCCAAUAUGAAAAAGAGAAAGCAGAAGGAGAAGUAGCUGUGAGACAGCUUCAACAAAAACGAGAUGAUAUCUUAAACAAACAAUCAGCAACAGAAGUUUUGCUGGAUGCUUCAUCACGUCACUGCAUCUAUUUAGAAAAUGAGAUGCAGGAUUCAAGGAAGAAAUUAGGCCAGAUGAGAACUCAAUUUCAAGAAAUACAGGAUCAACUUAUAGCUACUAUAAGAUGUACUGAGGAGAUGGAAGGCGACGCACAAAAGCUUGAAGUAGAAAAUGCCAUGAUGAGAAAACUAUUAAAAAAACAGGAUGACCAAAUUGAGCGGCUUGAGAAAAUCCUGCAGCAUUUAAGUUUGAUGCGGCAGGUGUUCAAGAGCUAGAUGAAGUUAUGU